UUUGUGAAAACAUUUCUUCGAAAUUUCAUACGGAUAUUUCAGCUGAUUUUUCUCAAAUAUUGGACUAAUUAUGAGGUUUGAUACGUGAAAUAAUGAGUAUGAACGCUGCUUCAUCUGUAGACAUAUCCAGAAGGAACCCACAGGAUGAUUUUGAGCUUAUACAACGGGUCGGAAGUGGGACCUAUGGCGAUGUCUACAAGGCACGUGACCUGGCGACGAGUGAACUUGCUGCCAUCAAGGUGAUCAAGUUAGAGCCAGGGGAUGACUUCUCCAUCAUUCAGCAAGAAAUCCUCAUGAUGAAGGAUUGUAAAAACCCAAAUAUUGUGCGGUAUUUUGGAAGUUACCUCAGGAGGGAUAAGCUAUGGAUUGCCAUGGAGUACUGCGGUGGAGGGUCUAUGCAAGAUAUAUAUCAUUUGACUGGUCCUCUCCAGGAGCUACAAAUUGCCUUUGUCUGCAGGGAAACACUAAAGGGCCUUGCCUACUUACACAGUAAAGGGAAAAUGCAUCGGGAUAUCAAGGGAGCAAAUAUUCUACUCACAGAAGAUGGAGGUGUAAAACUAGCUGAUUUUGGAGUUUCAGCCCAAAUUACAGCGACAAUGUGCAAAAGAAAGUCUUUCAUUGGCACGCCAUAUUGGAUGGCCCCAGAGGUAGCAGCUGUCGAGAGGAAGGGUGGCUACAAUCAGCAGUGUGAUAUUUGGGCAGUCGGCAUCACUGCUAUAGAGUUUGCUGAGUUACAGCCACCGAUGUUUGAUCUCCAUCCAAUGAGAGCCCUCUUCCUCAUGUCGAAGAGCGGCUUUAAACCUCCGCAACUAAAGGAUAAGAAUAGAUGGUCGACAAACUUCCAAGCCUUUGUAAAAGUUGCCUUGACAAAGAAUCCAAAGAAAAGACCGACAGCUGACAGGUUAACUGAGCAUCCUUUCCUGCAAGGUGACCUGAACAAACGCCUCACACGGGAUCUCCUUGAUAAAGUCAACAGUCCAACGCCGCAUAGCUUUGAGCAGCAGGAUGGCGACGAUGAAGGCAAUGAUGAUGGGGCUCCGUUGAAUGUACCACACAGGAUUGCCUCGAAGAGAUCAGGUAGAUAUAAACAAAGGACAAAGUCUGAGAUUGACAGGUAUACAACAUGUCAGAUGUUUAUGCAGAGCAUGAGCUUCGAGGCCCCUCUUGUGACAGAUACACGGUCCGAACAGGGAUCUGGCGGCUAUGAUCUGGCAAAGAAGUGGGGGCUGACGGAGGAUGAGAAACAUGAAGAGGAGGGCGAGAACUAUGAGACUGCACAUGAUUGGACGCUGAAAAAAGACGACAAGACCCUUUUAGAAAAGGUGGAUGAAGCGCUAAAAGAAAGGGGUCAUCGCAAUAGCCUGGUUGUGACUGACGAAGAGAUGCGCUUAUCAGACAUGGCCACGUUACCAGUCGGCGGAUCAGCACCUGGGCCUUCUGGUGAUGAUGAAGAAAAUGGCAAAGACAAAGAUGAUGACUUCCCAGAUCUCCACGAUCUCGACGACUAUUGUCAGACGUUAGUUCCCGGCACGCAGCCACCCCGGCGUGAGUCGCAACCAGAACAUGAAGACACGCCACCUGCACUACCACCGAAGACGCAUGAACCGAAUGGUGAGGUGAACGGCCGCGUGGAACAUGUUCCGACACCGGAGGUUCCUCCGAGGUCAAGAAAAGAUGCUGAGCGAGAUCGAGAGAAACGGAAAACACCUCCAUUUAGGCCCACCUCUAAUGGACUUCCCCCUACUCCCGCUGUUCAUAUGGGAGCGUGUUUUUCAAAAGUAUUCAAUGGUUGUCCAUUGCGCAUAAACCAUACAGCCAGUUGGGUGAAUCCAGAAACGAAAGACCAGCAUGUGUUACUAGGUUCUGAUGAAGGCAUCUAUACUCUCAAUCUCAAUGAAAUUCAUGAAAACACAAUGGAACUGAUCCACCCAAGGAGAUGCCUAUGGUUGUACGUCGUCAAGGAUGUAUUAAUGUCAUUAUCAGAGAAUACUUCUGCAGGUAAAAACCCCCAGCUUUACCGGCAUGACAUCAUCAUGCUACAUGCAAAGCAAAGCAAUCGGUUUUCACUAUCAAUGAAUAAGAUUCCAGAGAAACUAGUGCCAAGGAAAUUCAUUCCCACAACCAAGGUCCCCGAUACGAAAGGUUGUAUAAAGUGCUGUGUUGGGCGAAACCCUUACAAUGGCUACAAGUAUUUAUGCGGGGCCCUCCAUAAUAGUGUCAUACUCAUGCAAUGGUAUGAUCCUCUCAACAAAUUCAUGUUGCUAAAGCAAAUAUCAUGUCCAUUACCGUCACCGCUGAAGGUAUUCGAGAUGCUCAUCACUCCAGAACUCGAAUAUCCCAUGCUAUGUGUGGGCGUUAGGAAAGGUGCUGAUAGGAAUCAUAUAAAAUUUGACAUAAUCAACAUGAAUUCGUCAUCGAGUUGGUUUGCCGAGUAUGAUACAGCACCAGUUUAUACAAUAAACACAGAAUCUGAACAGCUAGAGUUAACGAAUGUAACACAAUUAGAGAAAGAUACCAUUCUAUGUUGUUAUGAUAAUUUUGUAAAAGUAGUCAACAUGAAUGGUAGAUUAAAGUCCAGUAGAAAGCAACAAGCCGAGCUUCACUUUGACUUCCCAGUAGAAUCCAUGGUCUGCCUUCAAGAUAGUGUCCUGGCCUUCCAUAAACAUGGUAUGCAGGGCAGGAGUUUCAGGGCGAACGAGGUCACACAAGAAAUCUGUGACAGAAGUAGAGUGUUCAAAAUGAUUGGCUCCGACAGAGUUAUUGUGUUGUCAAGUCGACCGACCGAAUCGCCCUCAGAAAACGCCAACCUGUAUGUUCUGGCAGGGCAUGAAAACACGUUUUAGCUACUGUCAUUAAGAUGUAAAGACACUUAAAAUGGUCAGAAACUGCUACUGCACUUAGCGACAUUGAAUCAGUCUAUGCAGUGUGUCACUCGUGUGCAGAAAAUAGAAGUUGGAACCGCAAUUGGCCUGCAAGUCAGAAAAUCCAAUCGUCAACAGAUUCAGUGUUCCACUUCUGCAUUUAAAUGGAAGAAACACAAACACUGUCAUCCAAGAUAUCGCUUGAUGAAGAAUUCAGAUGUAAAUAUUGGCAUUUAUGAACUUGAGCUGGAAAGGCUGUUCAGUGUAGGAAGGUUCAAUUUUACGAUAUGGUCAAAUUCCAUCCUUCAUUGGAUUUUUCGCAGGUGAGUAUUAGCAUCUUUGGGGCUUCGAUAAUUUGCAUUCAAUUUAAAACAGAUGCCAAGUUAUGCAUGAUUCCAACCAAAUCAUCAUCUUUUAAAAUUCCAUCCUAUGCUUGGUGAGCGGAGAGUAAUCCACGUUUUGCUCCAACCAAGAGCAGGGAAUAGCAUGUCAUUUGAGGACGUGCGUCUCAUUUUCGUUACGAUUAGGAUUAUGAAUUUGUCAUGUGAUUUAGUUAGCAUUGUAUUUUCAACCUGUUUAUAACUUGAAGAUCUUAAAUUUGGGGCAAAUACCUAAUGAAGUGAGGACAACGUAUGCUACAGGCAUGGCUAAAUGGCUAACCUUAGUCCAUGCAGUAUUCAAGUGAAAGAACGCAAGGCUUGGGGGAGGCUUGACGAAUGAGUUGAUCCUGAAAUUGUGCUGAUGAUAGAAGUUUGAAUCAAAAGAAAAGGUGCUGAGGCCUGUGAAUAUGUGAUUGCUUGAAUGAUGACCAUAUAUUGGUGAUGACCAUAUACUGAAUAAGACUAUGUUGAUGUAGACCGCACUGUAGAUAAUGUAAAGUCAAGUAGUCUAAGGCUUGAAUGCUAUGGGCUUUUCUCUGUUAAGAUCUCUCCAUGGCAAAGGGGCCUGGAUUUGGUGUUCUCUGCUUAUAAUGUCCUCACAAUGUGCUGUAUAAAGAAGCUUGGCUGACCUCUGUAAAAAUGGCUAUCCUAGAAGUAUAGGGCAGGUUUGAACUGCCGAUUUCCGUUCGACCCUUGUACAGGCUUUCAUCGGGGAUGGGUCUUUAAGAUUUGCAGAAUAGUCCCUAAAAUGUAUUGUUAUAAAUUGCAAAGUUGAACAAUUAAGGUAUUGUAAUGUAUUAUGAGGCAUCAGAUUCUGACUUGUGCAUGUGUAUACUUUUGAAGUUACAAGUUAGAUUGGACCGAAUAUGUGUGUACAUUGACAGUGCAUGGUGUUAACUGAUUCGCAGUCUUGUUAAGUGAACUGCACACACAGAAGUGCCAAUGCACAAUAUCGAAUAUAAAAGUAUUACAGUGAUUCCAUUUUCACAAGGUUGGUUAUUUUUAUAGGAUGUUGCAUUCAUCACUUUGUAAUUAUCAUAGUUUAUGCGACUUCCUUGACUCAAAAUACCUGUGCUAGAUCAAUGGGGAGUUUUUUUACUUUCUUGUUCUAAUUGUGGGCAAAAAGGACUACUCCUAAUUUUGGUGUGCUCAUGUAGUUGUUGGUACUACUCCAGUAGCAGUUUUAAAGCACUUCAGCACAGACCUGCCGUUAGUCUGUAUGAACCACUGUAUACAUGUAAAGCCGCCAUGGGUAUGAAAAACUACGUCUCCAAACUGGGAAAAACUGCAUGGUGCAAAUGAAAAUUUGGUUGGAAGUUGUGUUUGUGGCCUUUAGAGAUUUUGAUAUCCAAAAGGUCAGAUUUCCAUUCAAAUCUGUUCUGAUGAUAGUUUGUACAAUUUGUGUCGAUAUUGUACAGGUAUUUUGGGUCUUGGAGAAGUGGCCAUCACUUUACUACAGUUGAACUAAUGGUAAGUUGUAGAUAUGAUAAUAGGUAUAUAAUGUUGUCGAGAUGUCAGUCACCAUGCUCAGUUUUCUAUGUGCUGUCACCAGAAAUCUAAAAAGGCAACUUCAGUUUGAAUGUCAAUAUGAAAAAAAUCUUGCCCCAUAGGAAUGUUCCAGGGACAACACUGGGACUUCGGUUUUAGCCAGGGAGGAGAAGUCUAUAACCAGCUACCUCCUCUGCUUGCCCUGGCUUUCAAACAACAAAGUAAUGUCUGGUUAGGUGUCUUGCUCAAGGACACUGAAAGGCAGUCAUUUUGAGAGUUGGCAGGAGGAGCCUGUCACUCUGAAGACUAUGCCACUGGUGUUCUUGAUGAGGUGUAUGGAUCUGGCCUUCUUCAAAGAGUGAAAACAAAUACACAAGAACUUAGUAAUCCCAGAGUCAAUACAAUCUAAUUUCAGCCCUCUCCGCUUCCUGCUGUUCCGUAUUCCCAAUAUGUAUUUUACCAAGAGAUGAUGGUUUAUGGCAAUAAUAUCAAGGCCAACCUGUGUCAACAAAGCGGUGCAGUUAGAAAUGGGCCAUUAACCUAAGUCAACAUUUGUGGAGCGUUUACCUUGGUGUCGUUAAGCCUUCAUGGCAACUGGGGAAACAAACUGAGGGUCAUCACCAGGAAUUGGGCAAAGAUUGCAAUAUCUUUACUCUGUUAACCUCUUGAAAUGAGAACGCCAUCUAAAAUGUUAACCCUCCACCAUUUUGUUUCUGUGAUUGUGCAAUGAAGAUUGAGCAUGGUGAUGCGAGUUAAAAUUCAUACACUUCAACUUUGAUGAUAGGGCGAGAAACAAAGUAUCACUGACCCACUUUUCAAGGUCAGAGAGGUAAAGCUCUAAAACAUUGAAGAAACGAGUUGAAGAGUGGUUGUCUAUUUUACUGAGUUGAGUGCAGGCCUCACCAAAAUAUUGUGAGUACCGUGUAACUCACAUAGAACUCUGUUCUUGAGUGAACUGAUCGUGUUUAGUCCAGAAAAUACUGUCAACCUUGCCUAUCGUUAUUGUUUUAUGUAUUUAAUUGCUGAAGCCUACACAGUUUUGUCUCACUUUUCUGACUGACUGUAAAUGUAAGCAACCAACAAACUUCAGUAUUUGUACAUUAUUAAUCUGUGUCUGAAGGAGAGUCGGGGCUCAUGUUGUUUCUUGUGAGUGUCGUCGGCUCAAAAGAUUCUCUGCUCGUAUUGUGGCUAGGUAUUGCUACAGUCAGCAUAACAUGGGUUGCAGAGAGAGAAACUUGCCUCUCUUACGUCCUCUCUUCAUGGGGCUGUUUCCCCUUGGCCCUCUGGGUCAAGUGAUUAUUAUAUAACUUCUUCUUCUUCAGCGUUCGCUCUGCACUUGGAGGGGUCAUUCUCCUAGGAGUAAUCCUCCUCCAAGGCGGGAUGAGCGUAUCCUGCGUGCCACUACGGUUAGGCGCCAAUUGGGUUUAUUGGCCUACUGGUCCGACUUUGGCGAGAGAGAUAGAGUCCACGCAAGCUACUCAUGUUUCUCACUUGGUGGGGUCUUAGCUUGCCCUGGCAUAGACACCAGGUACAAGGAACCUCGGUUAUGAGUCUCAUUCGAAGGACUGUGAAGAGCCAGGAAUUGUAGUUCCUUGAAAGCCACGCCGGUUCAUCCAGACAUACGAUCAUGGAUUCUCCCCGGGAUCGAACCCGGGCCCCAUUGCGUGGUGGCCAACAUUGCUCUAUUCAUAUUUACAGUCAGUCAGAAUUCCUUUAAUGUUAAGGUGAUGCAUUCAUUGUUGGACCUAUUAGGGCUCAGUAUUGACAAAUUGUAAACAUGAGUUUACACUGAGUCUAAUCUACAUCUCAGUCUUGCUUGUGCUUGGGUUAAUUGCUAGUCUGUCCUUCAAAUGAAAUCUAUUUCACGAGAUAAUGUGGCGAACCUGUGGAGGAAGUCCUUGUCCUUGAUGAACUGUAAUAAUGAUAGUCAUAAUGACCACCGGAGUAAGUUACAUGCAGAGAAAAAUAGCAUGUCUAAAACUAUGGUUGGAUGGAUUUAAAUACCCCUGGUCGAUUCAAUGGAAUUGUAAAGAAAACAUGCACCAUGGCAUUAAGGAUAAAACCUUCCUCUACCCUAACUCGAGGUGCUUUUCAUUGUGUAUAAGAGAUCUCAAUAAAUUUGAAUCGAAUUGCUUAGAAUGUGGGAAUUCCGAAACAUGACCUGAUUGACCUGUAUCGUUGAUCAUAUUGGGCUUGUCUUGAACUGAAAGAGGUGUUAUUUAUUUAUUUUGUUCUCGAAAUUACUGGCUUUCAUAUUUUGUGAGAUGUUUUAAGUUUGCCUUUCAGUAUUUCAAAUGCUUCCUGGUACGUGUGGUGUCAGGAACGAUGUAUAUAAGUCAUGUUGUAUUGUUAUGUUAAUUGCUAAGAAACAUGUCUGUUUUCCCCCUCUGUUUCUGUGCCACUGGUUUAGACAUGCAAUAUGACCCAUUUCCACAGAAAGGGCAAUAGGAAAUGCUCCCCUCUCACAGGUGUGGAUUUGUAAUGCGGUUUGUUCCUGGUGUUCCUGAAUUAGCUUGAUUUCUUCAGACUAUCGCUAUCUUGCAUGUUUAUCAUCAGGCCUCUCUUUGUCAUUGGAGUUCUGCUAUGCAAAGUUAACACCUUCAUUGUUGUCUUGCUAUACAAAUCCAACAAACGAUCUUGUGAAAUCCUUUAAGUUAAGGACAAGAAACAGCAAGAGGUUGUCCAGAAUCCCACAUCUCCCAUGGCUUCAUUUGAUGGCCUGUUAUUCCUUGUCUGUAUAUCCCCUGUGGUAACUAAUGUGUAGGCUUCAACCUGUAUAUAUUGCUUGAAUUGUUUUAUAAACUUAUUGAUGAUUUGAGUAAGAUUAUUUAAGAUAAAUAAAUAUGACUGUACAGUUUUCUGUGAAA